AUGAGCUCACGCCAACUCGGUUUCAUGCUUCUCGUCAGCACAUUUUUCGCAGGGGUAUGCUCAAGACACACAAACGAAGAGAAAGAUGAUUUAAAGACGACAUGUGGACGACGAGGAGUGCAGGACACCGUUUCUGAGCGAAUUAUUAAUGGUACCGAGGCGACUCCUGGCCACUGGCCGUGGAUGGUGGGGCUGUAUAAUGCAGAAGACCAAUUCAAAUGUGGUGGCGUUUUAAUAAGCCGCCAGUUUGUUUUAACUGCUGCUCAUUGCUAUAGGAACAAGAACACUACAGGUUAUCUUUCAGCUCGCCUGGGAAGUACGAAAAAAACCAAUUCUACCGUACAUUGUCAGCGAAACUCAGGCAAAAAUGUCCAUCUAGAAAGAAGUGACAGAACGGUCAUCCAUGAGGAUCUGGAAGACCAGGUUAUUUGCAUGGAAGUCGAUCACGUCUGUGUACCCCUUCAGGACAACUGUACCCUUUUUAUGAAAGACAUUGCACUAUUGAAAUUAAAAGAACCGGUCAAUUUUACACCGUAUAUUCAGCCAAUCUGCCUUCCUGAACACUGCGAAGAACCGCCUGCAAAUGCCAGCAUCUACGUUGUGGGCUGGGGCACAGUUUACGAGUAUGAUUUUUUUUCCGUUGAGACGGAUGAAUCAUUAAACGAACCAGAUGAAGACCGCAAAGGUUCCGUGGAUUCCGAGAGCUCAGCAGAAGAAACGAACGAUACGUCAUCAUCGGAACAGGUUGGCUUUUUGGGAUUUUUUCACCCAGAAACCUUGAUGGAAAGAAAUAUAUCCUUAAUUACUAACCAACACUGCGAACAACGACUUCGACAACUUGCCACAACUGUUCCAAAUUACAUCCUAUGCUCCAAUGGGGGAACAUGUUUUGGAGACAGCGGAGGACCUUUGAUGUACGAAAAAAAAGGACAAUGGUUUCUUGCUGCUAUUCAUUCUGUAUCAGAUGAUUGCUACUACCCUUCUCUGCCAUCACUACAUGUUAGGGUGUCACACCUUGUUGACAGGUUUAUUUUACCCGUCAUGCAGUAUUCGGAAUCAACGAAAGAUAACUUAUGUAUCAAGGACGAGGCUCGAAAGAAGUGUGUAACUACAUUUUAUAACUCUUACAACGAGUCAAUCGAGAAUUCAGUGGUAGACGACGAAACUACUUAAUUAAAAUGUUAACAGGUUAUCAUAUACUCUUAUCAUGUAUCUUCAAUUAACUUCUAAUAAAGAACCUUUCAAGCAAGCGUUUGGGAACAAAUUGACACCAAUGACAAUAACAAAAUAAACGUCAAAGUUUGCUUAAGGGUUUGUGUUGAUAUUGUUGGAACGUUCUUU